CUUAAUGGUCUCCAUUUCAGUCAAUUGAACUUUCAUUGAAUAAUUUGCUAUAUUCAAGUCAUGCAUUAGCAGAAGAAUUGUAGAAAGAAAAAAAAUGGGAGGAGGCUUAAUAUUGAGGUACGUGUGGAUGGUGGGUUUGUUUGCAAUUGUAGGCAAUAAUUGGGGAGGGGUGGAGGGGGCUGGGGAGUGCGGGCAGCUGGACCCGGAGGUGCUGAUCUACAAGCUAGCAUCUUGUGCAGCCUCCGGACAGGAUAAGAACGUGGAGGUUCCUCCCAAGUGCUGUGGUCUGAUGCAGAAGGUCCGCACAAGUUGCCUUUGUGCCAUCAUCCUUUCUAAAGAAGCCAAGAGCCUUGGGAUCAACCCCGUAGUUGCCGUCACCAUUCCUAAACGCUGCAAAAUUGCUGGACGUCCUAAGGGUUACAAGUGCGGAGCUUAUGUGGUGCAAGCAUGAUGAGGCGUAGAGAAGAAGACCAUUUGGUCAUGGCCCGCGGCAGCUGUGGUUGUCAAGUAACUUUUAUAGACAACACUCUUAAUGAUGUGCCAAUCUAGCUUACAAUGUUUAAUUAGUAUAGACCUUGAAGAAACUUACUACUGGUUAAUAAAAUGUUGGUCCAUGAAACGCCCAUAUAUAUGUUUUUUUGUUUUGUUUUGUUUUGUUGAUAUAAGCGAUAUUGAGGAA